AAAAGUACCUUUAAAAUUUCGAAAUUCUGCCAAGUUCGUCAUUAUGCGCGUUUAUUUAAAAAUCAGAGCAGCCUUGGAUUAUUAUAUUAUUAAUAAAAUAUAAAACAUUUAGUCAGUGUUCAUAUUCCUUUUACAGAACGUAUUUUUCUUAAAUAUUUCAAAAGUUAUGAAAGUUUCAGUAACACCCCCUAAGUAAUUAUUUUCAAAAAAUAACAACAAGCCGUAUGUCCAUUCUGAAACAGCCGUGACGGGAAAGAUCGAAAAGUCUCUUCUAAGGAAGAUUAUAAAAUUCGUUUAAAUGAGAAAAAGGUAUCAGAUCACAGUUUUUCAAAAAGCUAUUUAAUGGUUCAGGACACGAAGAAAUUUAACUGCAGUUGUCAAAUAAAAAUUAAGGAAUUUUAUAAGUUCCCAAGUUUUAAGAUAACUGAGGAUACUAAGUGGAGAAGAGUGCAAGCAUCAAAAUGUAUUAAAGAUGCUUUGUCAAGAAAUGAAAUAGUAGGGAAAAGAAUGUUUUCAAUUUACUUCCCUUCAAAAAGUUCUCAUACUGGUCAUUUUACUGGAGAUGCAGCUGGUAUAUCCCAGCCAAUAGAUCAAAGAUUAAAAGAUGAAAUAUUUGCAUCUGCUGGUCUCAUUAAAAAUGUAGAUGAAAUGAGGAGAAGAUUAGAGAUCAUUGUCACUAAAGAAAUAUUUCAAAAUAAUGUGUGUCCAAUAAGAUCAAAUAAAAGGUUCUUCCCAUCAAAUAAAAUUAUUCGUAAUUAUAUGCUGGAUGCAAUACAAAAAAAAAGGCAUUCAAAUAUAGACCAAGAGUGUCUCAUGAAAAAAAUAGACCAAUGGAAAGUUCAAAAUCCUCGUCAAAAGUUUUUUUUUCAACCAAAAGGAAAAGCAAUAAAAUAUGAAACAGACAUAAAUGAGAUUGAAACUGUCAAAGAUGAUAGUGAUAAUGAUGAUGACAUUGAGAUUGUUGUAGAAACCUCAGGUGAAAGCUUUCUGUUUGUUUAUCAAAGUGAAGAAAUGCAAAGAUUAUUAAAAAUGUAUGGCAAUGAAAUUACCCUUUUGGACGCAACAUAUAAAACAACCAAAUAUUCUUUACCCCUUUUUUUCCUUGUUGUAAAAACAAAUGUAGACUACCAAACUGUGGGUACUUUUGUUUGCAAAGGAGAAUCAGCAGUAAAUAUUCAAAAAGCUCUCAGUAAAAUAAAAGAGUGGAAUCCCAAUUGGAAUCCUACUUACUUAUGGUUGACUGUUGUGCAGAAGAGAUUAAUGCUAUUGAAUUUUUACAUCCAGAUUGCCAAGUUCUUGUAUGUGACUUUCAUCGCGAACAAGCAUGGGAACGGUGGUUUAAUAAAGUUAACAAUGGUGGUAGUGAAAUUAAAACAGUAAUGCUCUGCAAGCUAAGAAAGAUUGCUAGAGCUUAAUCUUAUAUAGAUUUAAAUAUAGCACUGGUAAAUUUGAG